CCUCCAACCUCCAACCUCUGAACUUAACCAAUUGCCUGCUUCUUCAUCACAAAUCAUACAACUACUACCUCUUCUUCCUCUCUCUCUCUCUCUCUCUCUCUGUGCCGUCGGUUUGUUUGGCUGAACACAAUGCAAGGAGGUCAAAUGGUGGUGGAAGAGCCGGUGCAACUUGCUUCAGUUCUCACGUCUACUAAGCCUAGCUACAUACCAUCACUAACCAAAAUAAUUGGGACCCUUGGACCGAAGUCACGCUCUGUUGAGGUGAUUGAAGCAUGUCUACAGGCAGGAAUGUCAGUUGCCCGGUUCGAUUUCUCUUGGUUAAGUGCAGAGUACCACCAGGAAACCCUUGACAAUUUGAGGACAGCUAUGAAGAAUGUUAAGAGGCUAUGUGCUGUUAUGCUAGACACUGCAGGGCCAGAACUUCAAGUUUGCAAUACAACUGGGAACCCGAUUGAGCUGAAGGCUGAUGCUCAUGUUACCAUUACUCCAGAUGUUUCUAAGGAACCAUCAGCUGACAUCUUAACUGUUAAUUAUGCUGGACUUGCUGAGGCAGUUAAGAAAGGUGAUACUAUUUUUCUCGGACAAUAUCUUUUCACAGGAAGUGAAACAACCUCUGUGUGGCUAGAGGUAGUGGAGACAAAGGGUUCAGAUGUCAUUUGUUUGGUGAAGAAUAGUGCCACUCUUGCAGGAUUUAUUUUCACCAUGCAUGUUUCCCAAGUCCAUAUCAAUUUGCCUACUUUAACUGAAACUGAUAAACAAGUGAUAUCUACCUGGGGUUCCCAUAAUAAUGUUGAUUUAAUUUCUCUUUCAUACACCCGCCAUGUGGAAGAUGUCCGAGCGUUUAGAGCUUUUCUUCAAGCACAGAAUCUUCAAGAAACUCAAAUCUUUGCCAAAAUUGAAAAUGUGGAGGGUCUCAAGCAUUUUGAUGACAUCCUUCAAGAAGCAGAUGGUAUUAUACUUUCUCGUGGAAAUUUAGGAAUAGAUCUACCCCCUGAAAAGGUCUUCUUAUUUCAGAAAUCUGCUGUUCAUAGGUGCAACAUGGCUGGGAAGCCUGCCAUAAUUACUCGAGUGGUGGAUAGCAUGAUCAACAAUCUACGGCCAACUCGUGCAGAAGCGACUGAUGUUGCAAAUGCCGUGCUUGAUGGAACGGAUGGUAUUUUAUUAGGUGCAGAGACACUUCGAGGACUCUAUCCUGUUGAAUCAAUAAAAACUGUUGGAAGAAUCUGUGCUGAAGCUGAAAGUGUUUGCAACCAGUAUCUUCAGUACAAGAGAAUAGUAAAACAUGUUGGGGAGCCAAUGUCUCAUGCAGAAUCUGUUGCUUCAUCAGCGGUGCGUGCUGCAACUAAAGUAAAGGCAGCGAUGAUUGUUGUCUUUACAUCAUCUGGGAGAGCAGCAAGGUUGGUUGCAAAAUAUAGGCCUUCUGUCCCUGUAUUUUCCAUAGUAGUACCACGACUUAGGACAAAUUCAUUGAAAUGGACUUUGUCUGGAACUUCACAGGCCAGGCAAUUGCUUGCUGUCAGAGGGGUCUAUCCUAUUUUGGCCAGUCCUAAUGUGGUUACUUCUGGCGUCUCUAGUGAAGAGUCUGGGUUGAAACUUGCAUUUGAUCAUGGAAAAUCGGUGGGAUUACUAAAGCCUAAUGACCAGGUUGUUGUAUUUCAGAAGAUAGGGGACUCCUCAGUUGUCAAGAUUGUUGAGCUUCAAGCCUGAUGUUUUUGGGUAGCCUUUUCCCAAUUUUAGGGAGUAAUAAUACCAGCAUUGCCAAUAAAUUUGCUCUGUUGUAUAAUUUCUACAUUAUUAAAUUAAUCCUAUUCCCAUCUA